AUGGACCUGCUGAGGAUACCCGGUCUGCUCAUGUACAUGAUCCGGCUGUGUUUGGCUCGCUCCGCCACAGAGAGGAGGAACGUGAAGAGGGUGAGUGUGUCCGAGGAGACCAGGUCUGAGGAGGCAAACCCACAGCUGAUCCAGUCUGUGUAUAAAAAAAGAGAUUCAUUCUACAACUGAAAUAUCAUCAGUGAAAUAUUUUAAGGUUAGAGUUUUGUCUGAGUAGGGCUGGGCGAUAAACCGAAAAUUUACAGAUCCUGAAAUUGACGACAAUAACCGACGUCAUUGUGCCCAUAUCGGUAUAUUCGGUGUCAAAAAAAUGAAUAAACCAAAGUUGUUUUUGGAAUUUGUGUAGGUAGGCUAUGGUCUCAUGUCCCUUUAAGACGCUGUCCUACGUCAGAGACGUGACUCCACCCCAUCCAGUCCGUAACAGAGAGGGAAAGACAGGUGAGGAGAUGGAGGACGGUUCAAAAGUUGGAGCGGCUGAAGUAGACAAAGUUAAUGUGGGAGGGGGUGAGCAGCUUGUGGAGUAGUUACCGUCCAUUUAUCGUUAUCAAGGUGAACUGAUCAAUAUAUUGGGAUAUUGAUUUGAGGCCAUAUCGCCCAGCCCUACAGUAUCUUUUACUGUAAAUAAAUUACCAAUUAGAAAACAGCCUUAAAAGGAAAAUAAGCAGCUUUUAAACAAGGUUUUUUUUAAACAGUUAUCCACGUUUGCUUUCCUUAAAAAUGUCACAAAUACAUCAUUUCAUGUUAGAUAUUAAAAUAUUUUAAAGUCAUGAUCUCUGAGGCUUUUAGAAUCAUCAUGAAUCCUCCUGAUUCUGGUGUGUUUUUGCAGCAUCGCCCGCCCCUACUUAAGCUCUAAAAACUUUGACUCUUAAACUGGAAAUGUAAACUUGUCCCGAUGAACGAGUCAAGUCAAUAAUUUCUGGUGUCGACCUUCUCCCUGUGACACAGACUUUUGUGAGUGAGUUUAUUUACACUCACAGCCGAGUCUCACUCAUGUCCUCCUUCACUUUUAUAUGUUUUGAUGUUUCACGAGUUCGUUCAGACUCUAGAAAUCCGAGCGUCAGGAUCUUCUUAAUGAACCUCAAAGAUCCUCGUCUGAAUCAGCUCCACAUGAUCCUGAUUUUCUUUGUUUCUGUCUCUCAGCAUCAAGCCUAUGAGUUCCAGUUCGGGGCGGCGUACGCCUGGAUGAUGUGUGUCUUCACCGUGGUCAUGACCUGCAGCAUCACCUGUCCUAUCAUCGUCCCCUUUGGUGAGCCCCGUUGUAUAUAAAGGUGGAGAGCUGAGUGAAUGAGUGCAGGUCUGAGCGCGCUCAGUGGGUCUGUUCCUGGUCCAAAGCUUAUCAGCCGCUCUAAUUGGAUGAGCUGCUCUGAUUGUUUUCUCUCCGCAGGUCUGAUGUACAUGCUGCUCAAACACCUGGCCGACAGGUACAACAUGUACUACGCUUAUCUCUACGUUUGUAUGUGUUCGUUCAAGUUGUUCUUUUAAGUUAAAAAAAAAUUAAAAAUUGUUCAUUUGUUGUUCUCUUCCUGUUUUUCUUCUUCUUCUGAUAAUUAUUAUAAUUUGUUAAUUUUGUUUGAUGUUCAUAAAUUGUGUUCUUUUUAUUAUAGUUGUGCAUUUUACACCUUUGUUGUUAAUCAUUGUUAUACUUUAAUUUUGUUCUUUGUUACUUACGAUCUGAUCAUUUUUAUAAUUUAUUAAUUUUGGAUGAUGUUCAUAAAUUGUGUUCUUUUUAUUAUAGUUGUGCAUUUUACACCUUUUUUUUAAAUCAUUGUUAUACUUUAAUUUUGUUUGUUGUUACUGAUGAUCUAACCAAUGAGUAAAGUUAAAUCUUUCAAACCAUAAAUCUUCUGAUUUACUUCAUUAUUUUGUCUGAAAGUUCUCUUUAGUCUUUGAUUUAUGAGUAUUUUAUAGACACAAAAACAAACAAAAAAUAGAUAAAAGUAUGCUGAAACACAUACCUGAAACCUGAAAUAUUGUCGGUGAUUUAUUUUUAGAUAAACUAAAAACAGGAACGAACACAAAAACAACUUUCAGCCUCGUUUUUAUUUCACCAUUGUGAGGAAGACGCUUUGCGUUGACAGGGACAACAAACAACGACUUCAAAACAAGAGCGUCAGAUAAACUGCAACUUCCGAGGGAAGGCGCCAUCUGCUGGUCACUUCAUGCUGGGAGGACUCUCUGACUGAUGACGCGUUUGCCUGUCGUCCAAUGGGCUGCUGCUUUCGACCUUCACUGAGCUUGGCUUCUCGUUAGAUUGACAACAGGAUUGUAUUUGAUUGAUUUUGAAUUAACGAGAAAAAUUUUGUGAUUCCCUUCUCUUGGCUGGUCUAGAGGUGGAGGCCUCUGGCUCAGGGGCAGCUGGGUUUGCCUCUUCCUGUGAAAGAAGAAUAACUGAAAUUGAGUCACAGGAUGAGAGAGCAUGUGAGCACACUUAUCAUUCCCAGCAGCAGACCCCAUCACCUGUGGAAUUUGCCAUUGAUAAAUAACUGCCACAAUCUCCCCACCACUGUGAGAACCACUUUAGUAAAGAACAAUGACUGAGUUGUACCGGCCAUGGUCUCUCUGAGCAGGCUGAGAGUCUCAUCAUCAAUGACCGCCGCCUACAUCAGUGAUGACAAAGGUUUUGUUGGGUGAAGGAAUCAUAAGCAGCCACAGGUGAAUUAUGUGAAUGGCUGGUUGAAUUUGCAGUUACCUCUGUAAGGGGCAAUGUUUGCUUGGGUGGAGGUAGCAGCGUGACAGUCAGUGUGUCACUGUCCACUGGGGAGAAACAUUAGAACAUUAGCAGUCAUUAGCAAGCUUCACACGCUGAAAGGAGACCUGCUUUACUCAGUUUGACCUUUCUUUGAGUCUGGGACACCUGGAGAGCAGCUCAGCGUGAUUUUCAGCUGAAGAACUCCCGAUUUAUGGCAAACCGACAUUUGUGAAAACUCAUUUUCAGCACAGUUCAGCUGAGGAAGUUCCCCCCUUUGUAGAAAAUGCCAAAUGCAUCUUCCAGCUUGUGGUUCUGGAUCUUCAUGGAGGUCUUUCUAGUUCAGCUCCGUGUUAAAGUAACAGCUGAGACUCAGAUCAUCAGAGGAGUCAUCAGUGACGAAGACGACACUGUGAGCCGCCCUGUUAGAGUCAAAGAUGAUCACCUCUGACACUUUGGACCAAAAACUGUUCUCAGAUCUGAGGAGACGUAUCUCAGCUGCUCAGAGGACCACUGUGGAGAACGUGCACUAACUAACCUUCACUUAGAUGAUUGACAGAGAAGGGCGCACCACUGUGACGAUGACGACAAAGAUCCUUAACGUUAAUCUCCGAUUUUCUUCUCUCUCCGCUCUGAAAGCCUCAUUCCUCUCGUACUAACGCGUACUGUUUGACACCUGUGGUUCAGGUGCUCCUCUGGUCAUGAAAAGGUGAUUUUAUAUUUUAUACCUCUUCAUUUUCACACCUCUGACAUGUCUUGAAAUCUCUGAAUGUGUUCCGCUCUGAGGAGAUUCUUCAUGAUCUCUGUUUCAGAGCUGAAUGUCGGUUUAACUCCUCGACUUUUUCUAAGUGGCUUCAUGUUUGACGGCUGUUUCUGCAGCUCAAAGGGCAGUUCACCUGUUAACCUGAGAUUUUACUCUGUAAACCCAGAGUUUCAGGUGAGACAUCAGCAUUUUCUCAUUUUGAUCAUGUUUUACAUUGUCAAGUAAGUAUUUAGUGGCAGUUUGAUCCUUUAAAAAUUGCUCCUUUCACGCUCAAAAAUGAAUUUUACUCUCUUAUGAUGUUCUGUUAAAUGAUUAGGAAUAUUAUACUAACACAGACUGUCACUCAGUAAACAGAAAGAGGGCAGAUGCCAGAAAAACGGCUGGUGGCCCAGCAGCCCCACUUUAACGGAGGCAGAGGAGCUACUUCAUUUCUCGAUAACUUUUUAUGCAAUAAACAACUGUAAUGUGCAUAACUGACCUCUAAAUACUGGAUUACAUUACUUUUGAUACCGUGGUGAGAUAUGCAGCAUAGUAUAGAUGUAGACGUCAUUUACACGUAUAAAUUUAUACUUCAUUUCAACGUCGGGAUUCGGUCUUUAUUUAGACAUGAUUUAGACGUAAAAAUUUAUACGUCAUUUCAACGUCUACAUAUAGACCGAAUCUAGACAAUCGAUUUUAAUCCACAAUACAAGAGUUGAUUAUUUAAAAUGAUCACUGAGCGUUGCAGAACUCAUCUCAAUCUAUGGGACUACUAUCAUACUCCGGAGAGUGACGAGUGUUUUCGCCAUAUCCGGUCAAAACGCAUAUACGGGAAAAAAAAAAAAAAAACAGCAAAUUUGGAUCUUAAAGCCUGGGUCCUGCUGAGUACUCGACAACAAAGUUGGUCGCUGAAAUUCAAUUUAAUUAUUACAUUUCAUGUGUUUUAUCCGUCUCGGUAACGCCGGCUGCCGCCGUGACAAUAAUCCAGCCACCUUAUUGGUGGAGCACGCUCACGUGACCCACCGUGCAACCACUUCGGCUAGAUUCUUACACCACCAAGAGCCAAGUAGUCCGUGAUAAAACUUAUCGGCAUAGCCGCAAUACUACGAGAUGAGCGACAAAAAAAUAUUUCGUAGCUCUGCAAGAGCCCAGCUUUACACCCGUAUGGAGAUUGGACCAUAAUCGGACAUGAAAACGGCUUCAAAUUGGGGACCGCACAACAUCCGAUUCAAGCAUUGCGCUUUGUCCACACUCGACCUCACGACCGUCGGACUACGCCGCAAGUUCCAGUCGUGCCACACUUCGAGAGUUAGACUUUCUGCUGAAAACAGGUGGGUGCUGAAGGAGAUAUUAUAGAAAAUGCUUAUUUUUGCAAGCUUUGGUCCUCACACCGUCGUGCAUCUUGAUGCGUGACGGUGAAAUGCAUUCACGGCAAAUGUUAAACUCGAGUUCGCAUGUAGCCUGGUUGCUACCACGGGGGCUAGCUUGUGGCUAAUAUAGCCAGCGUGGGCCCAACAGCAUCAAAUGGUCCAUGCUAACGUGUGUUGUCGUGAAAGUAAAUAAGGGCCUGCUCUCUCUGUUGGAGCCAAGGUUAAAAGCUGCUAGUUAGGCUUUCCAUUUAAAUUAGAAAAUCAAGUCUAUUUUGAUGCCAGUACUGUUGUUUUUGUUUAUCCAGUGUUAUUUUUUUAUAUAGCUAAAUUUGUGUUUUAACUGUAAUUGUCAUAGAUGGGUUUUUCACUAUGUGUGGUAGAAAUGGGACGAAUUUCUCAUUUUGAUCAUGUUCUACAUUGUCAAGUAAGUAUCAAGUGGCAGUUUGAUCCCUUAAAAAAUGCUCUUUUCACACUCAAAAAUGAAUCUUACUCUCUUAUGAUGUUCUGUUAAAUGAUUAGGAAUAUUAUACUAACACUUAUUUUUCUCCUGAUAUGUCCUGUGGCAUUAGAAAAAUGAAUAUAUGCACACGUAGACGACAAGACAAAGUUGAUUUUCAUCGUAGUGGGUCUGUAAAGGGUAGAUAAAUGGAAUGUUUAGAUUUUUUGGGUUGAAUUGUUGCUGUGUCGCUUCGUAGAGAUGAAGAGAUCAGGGAGAAGUGCGGCGAAGACGCCGUUCACUACCUGUCCUUUCAGCGGCACAUCAUCGGCCUGUUGGUGGUGGUCGGCGUUCUUUCUGUGGGCAUCAUCCUGCCAGUGAACUUCUCUGGAAACCUACUCGGUAAGUCAGCCGGUGAAAAAACAACCCCAGGAUGAUUCAGAAAAUACAGACGAUGAAUAUUUCACACAUCUGUGUGUAAAACUGUGCAGACUUUAACUUUGAUUUUUAAGAGACAAAAACAGCAAAAAUCAGCAACUUUAUGAAGAAGUAUGUUCAUAAAUAUUGUGUUGAUGUUACAACACUUUUAUAAAGAGUCAUGUCACUAACAAAUGAACGUCUUCUUUCUUUUUUUCUGGAUGGUUGAAGGCUAAAGACGGAGGUCUGGCUCAGUCGAACAGGACUCAUCAAAAUCCACUUCCUGUGCGGCAGAUUUAAAGAGCGUGAUUAUGUUUAUAAAAUAAGACAAAAAGUUAAAAGAAAUUCACGUCAGUCACUUUCGGUUUUUGUGCUUUUUAUGACUUUUGUAGUGAGAUUAAAUAAUCAGAUAUACAGACGGGCGCUCACAGAUUUGGAAAGCAUCGUCAUGAGCGGUUUAAACCUGUUUUUCUUUUAUAUCAGAUGUAAAAUAUAAGAAAUAAAGUAGUUAAAGGUUAAAGAUUGAAUCCAGUUCUGAAACUCUGAGCCUGUGGCGUUUACAGUUGAUGUUUUUUCGUUUCUAACUCAGUGUAGCGACCGCUUUCCUUCAACAAAAAAGGCCGCUGGGGUUUCGGUUCACUUGCAUCUGCAACUCGUCAAUUCAUCAGUCGGGUUUGAGUGUUAAAGGUGAUUUAUUGUUCAAAAGGGAGAGAAAACACACUGAUCCAGGUAAAAAAACUAUGAUGAAAUGAGGGUAAAAGGAUAAGUGAAAAAACAGUCAACUGAAAAUUAUCCGACCUGACCAAAACCUGUUGUUUCUGACUACACCGGUGUUUUUAAAUCACCCGCAAAACAACCCAAAACCAAACCCCUCAGUGUCGAUCUCCAGGAGUGACAUACCUCUUAGAAAUCAUCUCCUCAACACGCUCAGUUCAGGUCUUUUAUUUUUACAUUUUCCGUCCUCUCUAAGUUUCUCCUCUUUUCUUCUUUUUUACAGGCAGGCGUAUGAAAACUGUGUCGUCCUGGAAGCUCGUAUCUGUUUUAAUGUGGAUCUCUUCAUAAAACUGGACAAGAAGAUCCACUCUGGAGCCGUCAACCAGGUGGUGGCCGCUCCUAUCCUCUGCCUCUUCUGGCUCCUCUUCUUCCUCACUGUUCGCUUGGGUAAGACGAGGACGCCCCCUGCAGGCUGCCGACGUUAAAACACCUGUUACGAUUAGAAAGCAGGUCCAGAAACAUUAAAACAGUUUUCUCUCCUCUUCAGGGUUCUCAGCGGCAACAUCCAUGUUCACGGUUAUUGUUUUCAAAGUUAAAAAGAAAAAAAAUAAUUGUUCAUUUGUUCUUCUCUUAAUCUUUUUCUUCUUCUGAUAAUUAUUAUAAUUUAUUAAUUUUGGAUGUUUAUAAACGGUGUUCUUUUUGUUAAAGUUGUGCAUUUUAUACCUUUUGUUUUUAAUCAUUGUUAUACUUAAAUUUUGUUCUUUGUUACUUACGAUCUGAUAAUUUUUAUAAUUUAUUAAUUUUGGAUGAUGUUCAUAAAUUGUGUUCUUUUUAUUAUAGUUGUGCAUUUUACACCUUUUUUUUAAUCAUUGUUAUACUUAAAUUUUGUUCUUUGUUACUGAUGAUCUAACCAAUGAGUGAAGUUUAAAGAAAUUUCAAACCAUAAAUCUUCUGAUUUACUUCAUUAUUUUGCCUGAAAGUUCUCUUUAGUCUUUGAUUUACGAGUAUUUUAUAGACUCAAAAACAAACAAAAAAUAGAUAAAAGUAUGCUGAAACACAUACCUGAAACCUGAAAUAUUGUCUGUGAUUUAUUUUUAGAUAAACUACAAACAGGAACGAACACAAAAACAACUUUCCGCCUCGUUUUUAUUUCACCACUGUGAGGAAGACGCUUUGCGUUGCCAGGGACAACAAACAACAACUUCAAAACAAGAGCGUCAGAUAAACCGCAACUUCCGAGGGAAGGCGCCAUCUGCCGGUCACUUCAUCCUGGGAGGACUCUCUGACUGAUGACGCGUUUGCCUGUCGUCCAAUGGGCUGCUGCUUUCGACCUUCACUGAACUUGGCUUCUCGUUAGAUUGACAACAGGAUUGUAUUUGAUUGAUUUUGAAUUAACGAGAAAAAUUUUGGGAUUCCCUUCUCUUGGCUGGUCUAGAGGUGGAGGCCACUGGCUCAGGGGCAGCUGGGUUUGCCUCUUCCUGUGAAAGAAGAAUAACUGAAAUUGAGUCACAGGAUGAGAGAGCAUGUGAGCACACUUAUCAUUCCCAGCAGCAGACCCCAUCACCUGUGGAAUUUGCCAUUGAUAAAUAA